CCAGGGUGUAUAGGUGGCUAUUAUAUACAGCUACAGCCUCCUCUAUCUGGCAUUCCUCUAUCUGAUAACCCUUUGAUCCCCGCACAGUCAUGAGUAUCCUUCCUAUUGACGAGCACGGGAAAGAUAAGCCUGAAAAUAAUAUCCGGGGUACUGAGGUCGAUUCCCCACAAGACACCGCAUCAUGGGCUACAGGUACCAUUUUAUCGGUGGUCGGAGAGACCGCGAAGCCAAUUGAUCCGGUUGUCGAAGCUCGCGUUCUAAGAAAGAUCGAUUACUUUUUCAUGCCCGCUAUGCUAAUUGGCUACGGGUUGGUGUACUAUGACAAAGCUAUUCUUGGAAGUGCUGCUUUAUUUGGCAUGCCCCAAGAUCUUGCGUUAAGCUAUGUUGAUUACAGCACUAAGCCGCCGACAACAGACACAUCAAGGCUCAGCUGGGCGACAUCCAUCUUCUAUUUCGGCAUGCUAGCGGGCUCCUAUCCCAUGACGUUCAUCCUGCAGCGCUUCACUUUGGCUCGAGUCCUGGGACCGCUAGUCUUUCUGUGGGCUAUUAUCUGUGCUUCUACCGCCGGUGUCACUACCUGGCACGGAUUGUUUGCGCAACGGUUCUUUCUCGGAUUUGUGGAGAGUGUCAUCCCUACUGGAUUCAUGACCAUAGUCAGCAACUUCUAUACGCAAGAAGAGCAAGCAUUACGCCAGGCGUUUUGGUUCUCGUCAACCGGCUGGUUCACGAUUAUCGGUGGUGCUCUGAAUUAUGGCUUCGGUCAGAUAACGAGUGGCUCGCUGAAGCGCUGGCAGUAUAUCUAUAUAUUUGCAGGAUGCCUGACAGCAGUAUUCAGUCUUUGGUGCUUUUGCUUGCCGAAUUCGCCUAUCUCUGCCUGGUUUCUGACGAAGGACGAGCGGCUUGUAGCCGUUGAGCGACUAAGAAAGGGUCAAACAGGGACUCGUGAACAGAAAAUCAAACUUGGCCAGGUCAAAGAAGCCCUUUUGGAUAUCAAAGUUUGGCUUAUUUGCAUAAUGAUGGGUGCCGCUUACACCAUCAAUGGCGCAGUCUCUGGUUUCGGACCACUGAUUGUCUCUACGUUUGGCUACAAUACCUUGGAUGCCAUCCUGUUCCAAUUUCCACUUGGCGGAAUUACCGCCAUAUUCGUUUGUCUUGCCGGAUGGUUAUGCUCCCGGGUGCAUAAUCUACGUAUUAUCUUCCUGGUUGCCUGCUGUCUUCCUGUAAUUGCCGGGUGUAUAAUCAUCUGGAAAUCAGAAUGGGGUCACCGCCCAGCUGCUCCAGUUGUUGGGUACUCAAUAAUCGGCUUUUUUGGGCCUGUCGUGAGUCUAAUCAUCACUCUGGGAGCAAGCAAUGUGGCAGGGGCCACGAAGAAAAGCUUUAUGGCGGCAGGCAUAUUUGUCUUCUACAACGUUGGCAAUAUCAUCGGGCCACAGUUGAUCAAUAGCAAAACUAAGGACCGUCACUAUCCUGAGCUCUGGAUAGGGCUUAUCAUCUGCUACGUUAUCACUGUUAUUGCCGCAAUCACCCUGUAUUUUGUGCUGUGGAGAGCAAACAAGCAAAAAGAGAGUUUAGACGUCGACGAAAAUAGCCGGGACCGCAUUGCCUUCCAUGACUUGACCGACAAGGAGAACCCCUUUUUUCGGUAUGUAUUGUGAUGUUUUCCAAGAUGCACAGAAGACGGGUAUCGGAACUGGUUUUGUCCAGCAACGAUUUCAUAUAGACUUGGCGUCAUACCCUCUAUAGACUAUCCUGGUCCAUGAACUAGAGGUGUCUCAUAAAAAGUUGAGCUCCAAUAUAUCCAUAAUGAC